AUGACGGUUCUUCCCACCUCCACUAUUUUGCGGCCUGGUCCCCCAGACGCCCUACAAAGAGUUGCAACUGCUUUAUCGAAACUCAAGUCCGAUGACUAUUAUGCAUACGAGCGCACAGGUAUUUGGUAUUUGGGUAUUGGAAAUCGCUCUUCAGUGACAACUGACUCCGAAGGGCGGGAUGCAACCUUUUCUGCCAACGGAAAGGAUGAAGUGCGAUGCAUCGAUGGUGGAGUUAGCGAUGUUGUGCGAGAAUACAUCUCAGCAAAUAAGGACUGCGCAACCAGAAUCUAUGGUUAUGUCGGGUUUAGCUAUGCCCUACUUCUCCGGGACAUUCCUCACACUGCUGGAAAAUGGCCAAUGCUGAGUCUUAUGGUCCCACGUACUGAGAUAAUGGAGGAACUCUGUGUGUUGGUCAAUGAUGACACUUGCAUUAACCCAUCACCAGGCCUGGCCUUGGACACGAAUACCAGAGAAGCUGAAUAUGUGGAACAAGUCGAGGCUGCGUUGGCAGAUAUAAGAGCAGCGAAGUAUAGGAAAGUUAUUCCGUGUCGUGCUGUGAGUCUUCCAUGCAGAGUGGACAUGCCUGCAACCUUGCUGUGUGGACGACAACAUAACAACCCCGCCCGCUCAUUCUGUCUGCGUCAUGGCAGCAAUCAAGCUACUGGAUUCAGCCCGGAGCUUGUCAUGUCCCUGCGAGGCGGUAAAUUAACGACUGAGCCGCUUGCUGGAACUCGGUCGCAGGAGGAGGCCAGUGAUGAAUCCAAAAGGCUCAAGGAGGCAUUACUUAGCGACCUGAAGGAAAUUGUGGAACAUGUGUUGUUAUGCUGUCAUGGCACUGUAGUUGUGGACGACCUGAUGUCUGUGCGGCCUCGCGGGAGUGUGCAACACCUGGGCUCGAGUGUGUCGGGUACUCUGUCGCCUGACAAGGAUGCAUGGGAUGCUUUUAAUAUCUUGUUCCAUUCGAUUACCGCUACUGGAAUCCCAAAGCAAGCUGCACUGGAAAGUAUUGGGCGUCUUGAGAAGCACCCCCGUGAGCUUUAUCCAGGCGCAAUUUUACUGAUAGAGGAUCCUGAAACCUGGGAUGUCGCACUUGUCCUUCGAACGCUUUUCCAGGGACAAGAAAUGCCAUGGAUUCAAGCUGGAGCAGGCAUCGUUGCUCAGUCAUCGCCUGUAUGA